AUGGUGCGGCCCAAUAACAACGCGCCGCCGCCGCCGCCGGGAGAGAGGAGGAGGCGUUCGUACAAGGGCGUGCGGCUGCGUAAGUGGGGCCGAUGGGUGUCGGAGAUCCGCCUGCCCAACAGCCGCGAGCGGAUCUGGCUCGGCUCCUACGACGCGCCGGAGAUGGCGGCGCGGGCCUUCGACGCGGCGUACCUCUGCCUCCGCGGGCCCGGCGGCGCGGCCGGGCUCAACUUCCCGGGCUCCCCGCCCGACGUCGGCCGCACCAGCGACCCCGACGAGGUGUACAGGGCUGCAGUGUCCCACGCCAACCGGGCCGCCGCCGCCGAUCAGCCGCCGCCGGCCCCGCUAGCCCCGCCCCCGCUGCAGGUGCCGACCCCGAGCUCCGACUGGUCGCAGCUGCUGCCGGCCAACCUGCCGCCGCUCUUCUCUCCGACUUACGCGGAGAGCCAUGCGCACCUCCUGCCGGUGUCGCCGACGGCGGCGGACGACGUCGACAUGGACGGGAUCGGAAGUGUCUCAUGGCCGGGGCUCUGGAGCUUCGAUCCUAGCGGGGCUCCCGUCACUGAUGAUGAUCACGUUGACAUUUGA